AGAGAAAAAAAGAUGGAAAAAGUAUUAGAGGAACCGUUAUUGCAUGAUGCAUCAUUAACAUUUCACGUUUUUGAAGAAGGAGAUGUGGCUGUGAAAAUAACAAAGGUGAAAAAGGGAUCAUUAAGUGAUAGUGUUUCACCUUCACCUAGUCCAUUGUUAGUUGUUUCACCAAUAAUACCUGGGAAAUAUCCAGUUUUACUAUUUUUCCAUGGCUUCAUUCUCAAGCCUAGCUGGUACAAGUCUCUCCUUCAACACAUUUCUUCCCACCGCUGCAUAGUUGUUGCUCCUCAGUUUUCUUCUCUGAUUUCUCAAAGCAAGGAAGUGAAAAAAGCAGCCAAAGUUACAGAAUGGUUAAGCAAACGCCUAAACUCAAUUCUACCGGAGAAAGUGAAACCAGAUCUUCUCAAGAUCGCCGUCUCAGGCCACAGCAGAGGUGGUAAAACAGCAUUUUCACUAGCUUUAGGAUAUGGAAACCUCUCCAGCUCAACCCCAACUCCUCUCAAAUUUCAAGCACUUCUAGGAAUCGAUCCAGUUGCAGGUUCCUCUCCGUCAAGCCAAUCUGCCCCGAAAAUUCUCCAAUAUAUUCCUCGAUCGUUCGAUCAGAGCGUCCCAGUGGCGGUGAUUGGCACCGGCUUGUCAAACCAACGAGCACAUUACAUCUUCCCACCAUUUGCACCAAACGGUGUCAACCAUUCAGAGUUUUUUAACGAGUGCAAGCCACCUUGUUAUUAUUUUCUAGCUAAGGAUUAUGGACACACUGAUAUAUUAGAUGACAAAAUUGCUGCAAUAGCUAGUUUGAUUUCAAAGAGUGGAAAAGGAUCAAAGGAUUUGAUGAGAAAAGCUGUUGGAGGGAUUGUUGUGGCCUUUUUGGAAGCUAAAUUGGGAGGUCAAGUGGAUUUUCUGAAUGAUAUUGUGAAAGCACCUUCUCUUGCUCCUAUUACACUUGAUCCAGUCAUACCUAUGUCAAAUAACUAAGAUCUUUUUUCUUGCAAUAAUUUUGUGUUGUUGAUUUUAAAUCAUGGAGUUUAGAACAUUGAAAGAAAGGGGACUUUAGAGAAAAGGUAUGAAAUAUAGCUCCAUUUUGCUGAGUUGUUCUGAUCAUUCUUUCUUCUAUUUGGUACCAUUAAUGGACUGCCGAAUCUUUCGGUACUGUUUCGGAUUUUUGGUCAAGUUCUUUGAACAUUAUCUUUAGUAGGAUAGCUUUUUUCUUUUCUAUGAUGUUAAAGAAGGUUAGGUUCCUAUGCCCCCCUCCGUAACUGUAAUUUGCUGCUUAUUUGUUUACUCGUUAGGGGGAG